AUGGUAAAUACACGGUCUUCCCAUCUUCUGUUUAUAACGUAUGGUUUGUUGUCUCUUUUUCAGGUGAACGUCCCAAAGCAGAGGAAGACCUUUUGCAAGGGCAAAAAAUGCAAGAAACACACCUUGCAUAAAAUUACCCAGUACAAAAAGGGAAGAGAUUCUCUGUUUGCCCAAGGUAAGAGACGUUAUGACAGAAAACAGAGUGGUUAUGGUGGUCAGACAAAGGUCAUCUUCAGAAAAAAGGCAAAGACUACUAAGAAAAUUACUUUAAGAUUGGAAUGUACCUCUUGUAAAUACAGGAAACAGUUAUCUAUCAAAAGAUGUAAACAUUUUGAACUUGGAGGUGACAAAAAGAGAAAGGGCCAGAUGAUCCAGUUCUAAAUGUCACGUUUUCUGUAAAAUAUAAAAAAAUAAAGAGAAAAAACUUA